UCCUCCCCCACACUUGUGUUUUCACACUUAAUGACAAAAACACAAACCGCAUUUCCCCUGAAGCCAGCACAAAGACAGGAAUGUGUUGACCUUUGUAAAAGCUGACUUGGGGGGAAACAGGAAACAGAGAGCUCUGGUGGACAACUAGCCACCAGUGGCCAGGCCUCUUCUCUGUUGCUUGAUCUCGUCUGAUUUGCUGAUACUGCUGCUGGCCUUUGAUGCUGGUCAAGUGAUAAUCAGGGGAACUACAGCAUUUCUGGGUCACUGAAACUUGCAAUGACUCAGUUAAACAGAAAAACAAGCACUUACUUGUGCAUCUUUGUGGAAAGCGUGGCAUGACGCAGCUUUAAGAGUUUUCCUUUGUAUUCUCUUAUCAGCACCAUACAUGUGUUUUUUAUUGCUGUAUCAGGUCAUGAUAUCUCUGCUGAUAAUGAUUAUGUAAUACCCAACUUAACGUGAUAGAUGUAGACACAUGUCACAUCUAUUGUGAAGCUAAUUGCUUUGUGUUAUAGUACAUACCUUCUAAUCUCCAGGCCGUUGAACUGACAGCGAAUGUGCCUGAGUCAGCAGGAUGGUAUCUUUGACUGUGGCGAGGAGCCAGAGCAUUUAAGCCUGCAGCACCUCUCCAUAUUGUUCUGUCCGCCACACAACAAAACCAGGGCCUCCGUUGCAAAUUAUAGCCAAGAGCGGCACUGAGCUGCAGACAGACGGGGCAGGUCAGGGGUCUGCUGGUGUACAAGUCCUUCAGUCACGCCAACAUUUCUUUGCUUCUAUUCGGGAUUUGGAUUUGUCGCUGUUGCGCUAUAUCUCGAAUAAUGACCAGCGAGGAGGAGGCCGGACCGUUUGAUACCCUGACGACAGCUGUCGCAGAGGACACUCGGGAUGAUGAUUCAAGGUCCAGACAGGAAAAAGAGGAGAAGCUGAUCCUGACAGCCUGGCAGAGCAUGUCUUCAGCUCUGCGGCAGCACAGUCUGUAUAAGGAUUCCAGAGCUCCAGGCCCGGCUCAGUCUUUCCUGGCCGAGCAGAGGCAGUCCACCCGGGCCAGGAGGGCGCUCUCCCCCCGGCUGCAGCCCGGGUAGGAGCCUCCAUCCGCAGGGAGAAAUGGAGGAGGUCAGCCCACUCAUGGCCAUGCUGGGAUGCAAGGUUGUGGAAGAAGGUGUCAAUUUUCUGUAAUUUGUUUUUCAUUGAAUUACAGGCUGUACUCUGUUUGGUUUGCUGCUAUCACCUCCUGCUGGUCAAUGUUGGAAUCUGCAGUGAUAUUUGUGAUUCCAUGUAAAAACUAAGGGCUAUAAAUCACUGUUUUUAUAUGUUUUAUACCUAAAUGUGUGCUUGUCAAUACGAUUUUCUGCUUCAUUCCUUAUUAUAUAAUAUUUAUACAUUUAUUUUUGCAGGUAAGAUACAGAAAUAAUGCAAAACAAUUACUAUUAAUUCCGUCACUAAUGUAAAUCGGUUAUGUUAUCUCAUUUGUUUUAUUCAAUAGUUGUUUAAAUUGAAAAUACAACAGACAAUGCAUGAAAAAUCAUUUUAUUUACACUUUUAUUAGCUAAUAAAAGAAAAUAAAGUGAAACUGUCACUCAUUUUAUCUGUUUCAGCACCAUUUGUUUCGGUCCAAACUUUGGUUAAUGCUAAGAUACUUGUGCAGACUUCAGUAGUCAGGCAAUAUAUUUAUACUCUUCAAUAUAAUGUGCAGACAAUUGGAAAACCAGAAACAUUUUCUUCCUUUAAACACAAACCUGAAUGGUCUCAUCUCCUCUGUACACAUGUAGCUUUGACAUGUUUAGCCUAGCUUAGCACAAAGACUGAAAGUAGGGGGAAACAUCUAGCUUAGCUCUACCAAAG